AUGCCAGGCCACAUUCUCACAGGCGACGCCUGCUGCGCACCUGUUUUUCAGUCACCUUUCCCCGUGACGCUGCACACCGGUUUGGGCUGCGUUCAACCAGGACUUGGCUGGAACCUGCGACCAAAUGCAUCCGCGGCCGGAGGCGAGUUUGCAGGCGAAUACCCCACGCUGAAACCAAUGGCGUACGUUGGGCCCAGAGGGGUGAAGUGGAGCGUCUUUUCAGCCGCACUCUUGGGGACGGAGUUGGUUCCAGAAUUCCUGCAUGCGUCCGCUCAGGAGAAGAGGGAGGCGCAUCUAACAGGGGUGACAAGUGCGUGA